GAACGCCUGAAUUCCCCGGAGGCCGACGAACUCGUCCCCGUCUCGUCAUCGAUCAACCUCCAUCACCGUUCAUAGCUGCCGGAACCCUAGUAUAAUCGACAUGGUCGAGGUUGAGGCUUCUCCACCUGAUCUCAACGACAAAGCCUCAUCUCCUCACCACACAAUGACAAUGGUGCCUACUGAAGGAGAAUUUGCAAUGGGAAAGAGGAAGGAUCAAGGUAUUAGUGAACCUGAAGGGAGUAGAAAAAAGAAGAAAAAGCAAGUAGCCACUCCUCGUCCUGCUUGCUCUUGGGUGCACUUCAGCCGUGACUUUAUUAAAGAGUAUAGUGCUACACAUCCUGAAUCUUCAGGCCUGAAAGCUGCCACAAAGGCAGCAUCAGAUGCAUGGAAGCUGAUGGGUCCUGAGGAGAAGGCAAAGUACACUACUCGUGCCCGUGAAGUGUGGGAUAAGUACCUGAGCUCAGCACCUGCCCGUGCUCCUAAGCCAAGAAGACAGACCAAAUUAGUCACAAGGUGUUCCCCUGGCCGUCUACUAAAUGUCUUACAACGGCUCACACCUGACCAGAAGGAAGCUGUAAAGAGUAUGGGUUUUGGUAGCAUCCUUGGCCUCAGAUGUCGGACUCUUCGAAGAAGUUUGUGUCUUUGGCUAUUGGAGAGGUUCAAUACUGUAAGACGUAGCUUGGAAAUCUGUGGUGAGAGGAUACCCUUAACUCCAAGGGAUGUGGAACUUGUAAUGGGUUUGCCUGCCAGUGGUAAAGAUGUGGUGAACUCAGGGUCUGAUGAAUUGAUUUUACAAUUACGUAAACGAUACAAUGCCACCAAUCGUGGGAUUUCUGUCCGUCUUCUGGAGGAACGACUUGCAGCUCCAGAAGCUGGGGAAGAUUUCAAAAGGUCAUUCGUGCUUUAUGUAAUGGGCACUCUUGUGUGCCCAACUGCAAGGCUUGAUGUAAGCCCUUCUUUCCUCCAUUUUUUGACAAAUAUGGAUGUACUCCAUCAAUAUAAUUGGGGCAAGUUCUUGCUUGACCGGCUAGUGCGGGAGAUAUCUCGUUUUCGUCAAGGAAAGCAACGUGCAGUUGGGGGUUGUCUUUUGUUUCUCCAGCUCUUUUACUAUGAGAGUGUUGCUGUUGGAGCAGCAUAUGAAUCAGCCCCUGUAGCUUUUCCUUGCUUAUUCUCAUGGGGUGAGGAGGAGAUUAGUGAGAGAGAAAAGCAAGAGAAGGAGCUUGGUGGUUAUGGUUCAGGGGAGGUAGUCUGCAUGGACAGAGGACUUGGGAUGGGGUCAUUGGGAUACAAAGCCCAAACUGACAGUAUGCCGCUGAGAGCAGUGGAACCAAUGCAAGAGGUUUCUCAUGCACAGGACAUGGAAGAUCAAGAGUAUGAAGAUACCUUCACAGAACAGGAACAUGCACACACAGAUAGCAUAGAGGGGAAUGUAGUCUGUGCAGAGAUUGAAGUAGUUGCUGGUUCAGGACCAGUACCUUGCAGAAACAUCAAGUAUGGAUGCACAGAAAUUGUUGAUUACUCAAAGAAAAGAGAUCACGAAGAGGCCUGCCCUUAUGCACCAUGUCCAUGCCCUCUCCAGAACUGUAAAUUUGUUGAUUCCUCCAAGCAACUCUCAUCGCAUUUCAGCAGUAAGCACUGGGAUUCAGGAAGGCACUUUCAGUAUGAUUGCCCAUUGCCUAUCUCUUUGAGCAAGAAGGAAACUUUCCUUGUUUUACAAGCAGAAAAAGAUGGGAUCCUCUUUCUUCUAUCCAAGGGAACACAAAGUAUAGGGCAUACCAUUGUGAUUACUUGUAUCGGUCCAAGGUCAUCAAAGGAAUGCUACUUGUAUGAUGUUGUAUCAGAAAAAGGAAGCAGCUCACUGAGAUUGAAAUCAUCUGUUCAUAGUUUUCCAGGUAGAUUUCAAGGUUUACCCCCGGUGGAUUUUCUCCUGGUUCCUUUUGCUCAUCUGGAUUCAUCCGGGCAGCUAGAUUUAGAGAUUUGUAUAUGGAGCCCGAAAGAGCCUGGAUCAGAGUGAGCUCUGUAGAUGUAACAUAGCAGCUUUGUUUGUAUAAUUGUAUUUGUCAGAAUGUAGUAAUAUGUGAUUAAUCAACAUAUUUGG